AUGAUGGCCACCGUCAAGUCGCUGCUGGUGCUCAGCAUCUACGCUGCCAAUGUGCUUGGCACUCAAGCCGCCUCACUUGAGCACAUGCCGUUUUUUCUCAACACUCACCAAGCGGAUGCGUCAAACGAAACCGAUUAUUCCUUUCCGCAAUGGAACAUCAGCUCCUCGGACAACUCUGCUCUUGCCAAAGCUCCGCUCGCCGGCACCUUCUAUCGAGGUGGUCCUGAGCUCGCCGAUGUCAACAGUCCGUUUCAUCCUGUCACUGGUAGUGGCGGUUGGGAGUGGGCUGUCGAAAAGGCUCGUAGCGUCGUUGAGCAAUUGACGCUCGAGGAAAAGGUCAAUCUAACCGCUGGAAUCACGGGCGGCCGUUGUGAAGGUACACUCGGUCGUGUCGAGCGUUUUGGCAUCCCAGAACUCUGCUUCCAAGAUGGUCCGGCCGGUUUGCGUGCUUCCGACUUUGUAACCGUCUUCCCUGCUGGUGUCACAACAGCUGCAACAUGGGACCGUGAUCUGAUCUACAGACGUGCUGCAGCGCUGGGCGCCGAGUUUGUCGCUAAGGGCGUCAAUGUUCAUCUCGGCCCAGUGACGGGUGGCCCUCUUGGCCGCAGUCCGUUCCAAGGCCGUAACUGGGAAGGAUUCGGUCCUGACCCUUACCUCCACGGGGAAGCUGCUUACUACACUGUCUCAGGAACCCAGUCGGCAGGUGUCAUCUCAACUGCAAAGCACUUCCUCGCUUACGAACAAGAGACCUACCGGCAACUGUACGCCGCUUCGGACGCUUACACACUCAACCCGAAUAACAACACCGAACUCACCUAUAGUGCCAACCUGGAUGAUCGUACGCUUCACGAACUCUACCUCUGGCCGUUUAUGAACGCCGUUCGUGCUGGCUCUGGCGCGGUGAUGUGCGUGUACAACAGGAUCAACUCGACACAGGGCUGUGAAAACAGCAAGUUGCUCAAUACCAUUCUGAAGGAUGAGCUCGACUUCCAAGGAUUCGUCGUCACCGACUGGUCGGCCGCUUUCAACACUUCCAACACGUACAAUGGCGGAUCAGACGUGGUCAUGCCAGGAGGCAUGACGGGAGGCUACAAAAACCUCGUAGGUGGCUCGGAUCUCGUCCGUGCGCUCGAUGCGGGCCAAGUAAAGAUCGAGCGUAUAAACGACGGUAUCACUCGUCUGCUUGCUCAGUGGUACCUUCGUGGUCAGCACAAGGGCUACCCCACGGUAAGCUACAAGGACGGCUACCAGAACACAAUUUAUAACGGCAGCGUUGUCAACGAGCACCGUGAUGUCCAGGCUGACCACUGGAAGAUCGUCAGAGAGAUCGGCGAAGCGGCGGUCACGCUGAUCUACAACAAGCGAUCCAACCAGGCGGGUCCUCAGGGCAGCACGGCGUUCGGACUCGGUUUACCGCUCAACAAGAAGGCUCGUAUCGGUAUUUUUGGAAGCGAUGCAGGAUCCAACCCAUACGGUAUCAACUCGUGCCAGAACUGGAUCGGGCUGGGAUCGCUUCUGUGCCCUGCCAACGCCACUUCGAACGGUACUCAAGCUAUCGGCUGGGGCUCAGGCGCAGGAUUUUUCCCAUAUCUCAUCGAUCCUCUUGGCGGUAUCUCUCAGGUUGCCAAGCAAAAUCACGGUUCGGUGAUCAACAACCUGAACGACGUCGGCGACGAGUACAACCAAAUGCUCGUCAAGCAGGCGGCGGGGCUGUCGGAUGCUGCUCUCGUCUUUGUCCAAGCUCGUUCGGGAGAAGACAGCGACCGACAAUCGUUGCGUCUGGAUGCCGACGGUGAUCAGCUGAUAAGGCUCGUCGCUUCGCAGAACAACAACACCAUCGUUGUUGUGCACACGGUCGGACCCAUUCUCAUGAGCGACUGGUUCGACCAUGUCAACAUCACCGCUCUCGUGCUGCCACACCUGCCCGGUCAGGAGUCCGGAAAUUCUCUUGCGCGCGUCCUCUAUGGCGAUGUCAACCCAUCUGGUAAGAUGCCUUACUCGAUUCUUGCUGACAAACACGCUCAACACUACGCCAAGAUCGUCGGGAGCCCGGCCAGCGAUCCUCAGGUCGACUUCACCGAGCAACUUUACAUCGACUACCGAGCAUGGGACAAGAUGGGGAUCGAACCACUUAUCCCCUUCGGUCACGGCAUCUCUUACACCAACUACACCUACUCGAACCUCAACAUCCGACAUUCUGCCGACAACAAAUACGCACCGAGCGCAUUCAAGACCAACAACGACAAGCAGCCCGGCGGAUCUGGAAGCCUCUUCCAGUACCUUGUCGAGGUGACUGCUGACAUUCAGAACGUUGGCGGAAUCAGAGGAGAUGAAGUUGCCCAGCUUUACGUCGGAUACCCCCCAGCUGCAGACGCACCCAUCAAACAGCUGCGUGGGUUCGACAGGCUCAAGCGCCUCGAUCCCGAGGGCGCGCCGAAAACUGCUACAUUCGAGCUCACCAAGCGCGACUUUUCCGUUUGGGACGUGACGCAGCAACAGUUCAACAUCGUUGAUGGAGAGUACAAGAUCUGGGUCGGCAAGAGCUCACACUUGAACGAUCUUACGCUCAACGGCUCGGUCACGAUCAAGAACGCAAAGGUCGUUGGCAUGAGCUUCUGA